GGCACCCGCGUCGGCCGGGGACUCCUUGCGCUCCCGUGAGCUCUUCACGUUGCUGCUGCUGUUGCUGCUGCUGUUGUUGUUGUUGUUGCUGCUGUUUAUCAUGUGUCGCUGCUUGCUCCCCCUGCUGCUGCUGCUUGUGCUGCUGCGUGGCCGUGCGGGCGCCUACUUCUCUGAGGAGAGGAGCGUGUCGGAGUCGGGGCCCCGUGCGCCGACGGUGCUGCUGGCGCUGCUCGCCAGGAACGCCGCGCGGAGCCUCCCCUACGCCCUGGGCUGCCUGGAGAGGCUCGACUACCCCAAGGACCGCAUGGCGCUCUGGGUGGCUACGGACCACAACAUCGACAACACGACUGCGGUGCUCAUGGAGUGGCUGAUGGGCGUGCAGAAGAUGUACCACUACGUGGAGUGGAGGCCCUUGGCAGAGCCCCUGUCGUACCUCGACGAGGUGGGCCCCAAGCACUGGUCAGCGUCGCGCUACGAGUACGUCAUGAAGCUCAGGCAGGGCGCCCUCAACACGGCGCGCGAGCGAUGGGCCGACUACAUCUUCUUCGUGGACGUUGACAAUUUCCUGCUGAACGAGAAGACGCUGUCAUUCCUCGUGGCUCAGAACCGCACCAUCGUGGCGCCCAUGCUGGACUCGCGCACUGCCUACUCCAACUACUGGAGCGCCAUGACCGAGCAGGGCUACUACAAGAGGGCGCCCGAGUACCUGCCUGUGCGGGAGCGGGAGCGUCUCGGCUGCUUCCGCGUGCCCAUGGUGCACUCGACGUUCCUGAUCGACUUGCGCCGCGAGGCGUCGCGCCUCAUCAGCUUCUAUCCCCCGCCGCCCAACUACGCCUGGCCCUUCGACGACAUCAUCGUCUUCGCCGCCUCCUGCAAGCACUUCGGUGUGCCCAUGUACAUCUGUAACCAGCAUCGCUUUGGACACCUGGUGGUGCCAGGGAAGGCAGAGAUCACGCUGCAGGACGAUGUGGACAUGUUCAUUCACACCCAUCUGGAGAUCAUGGUGGAAGAGCCUCCGAUGAAGCCAUCGCAGUACAUCCACAUGCCGGAGAGGGAGCUCGACAAGAUGGGCUUUGACGAGGUGUACAUGAUCAACCUGAAACGUCGUCCCGAGCGGCGGGUCCGCAUGCUGCGAUCGCUCGAAGAGCAGCAAAUACAGUGCAAGGUGGUGGACGCAGUCGACGGGAAGGCACUCAACAAGAGUCAGAUCCGGGCAUUGGGAGUGGACAUGCUGCCCGGCUACCACGACCCCUACUCUGGCCGCGUUCUCACCAAGGGAGAGAUCGGCUGCUUCUUGAGCCACUACGGCAUCUGGCAAGAGGUGGUGGAUCGCGGCCUCCCCAGUUCGCUGGUGCUGGAAGACGACGUCCGCUUCGAGCCGUUCUUCCGCCACCGCCUGGAGAGGCUCAUUGCAGACGUUAAGAGCUUAAACUUCAACUGGGACCUGAUAUAUAUCGGCCGCAAGAAGAUGCAGAUCGACACCCCGGAGCGGUCCGUGAAGGGCAUACGGAACCUGGUGUGGGCCGACUACUCCUACUGGACCCUGGCAUAUGCAGUGUCACUGCAGGGCGCGCGGAAGCUGCUGGCCGGGGAGCCGCUGGGCCGCAUGCUUCCCGUGGACGAGUACCUGCCCGUCAUGUUCAACAAGCAUCCCAUUGAGCAGUACCUCGAGUACUUUGAGCCGCGGGACCUGCGCGCGUUCUCGGCCGAGCCGCUGCUGGUCUACCCGACGCAGUACACGGGCGAGGCCAACUACGUGAGCGACACGGAGACCUCCACCAUCUGGGACGAUCGGGACGGCACCGCGGCCCCCGACACCAACUGGGGGCCCUCGCCAAAGAUGGAGGGGCCCGGGGCAAGCGGCGGCUGCCGAACAUUCGUCCGACGGCGGAGGCAGGCAACGGUGGCAACAAAGGGGAGGCCGACGAAGCCGGCGGCACCAAGGGUUGGGAGGCCAGCGUGCCCGCCGGAGUGGGGGCCGUGGGCGGCGGCUGGCCCGAGAGGGGGGCUGGCGUCGUGAAAGGCGGCGGCGCCUUCGCCAAGGAGCUCGUAGACACACAGGCCGCUAGGAAAACGCUAGGUGGCGCCACGGACAUAGCCGACGCCACCGCCAGAGAUGAGCUGUAGCGGCAGCGGCGUGUACAGACAUCGUCGGCACGCGCACACACACACACACCUACACCUUUGCCGGAUCGCAUGGCAACAGGUGAUUGCGCACAAGCGGCUUUGACAUAUUUUUUUAAACCUGUUGCUGCGAUGCAUUUGUUGUUCGCGUUUGUAUUGAUCUGGUGUGGAAGGAACCACUUGGGAUUUAAAGAAAGUACCUGGACAGUUUUGAUAAAAGUGGACUCAAGUCAGGGCUAUGAUGUCGACAGGGUUUCAGUUGCAGGUCCGUUCUACCUUGCGGCUUUAAAAAAAUGUAUAAUUCUGAACUGAUAAUUUCCCCGGCUUGUGAAAAGGAUUUGAUCAGGAGGGGUCGUAAGAACACCUCACGUUGUGCAUUCAGGCCUGUCUGCUUCAAAUCUGUUGGAGGUGCUGUCACAGUAUUGUUCACUGUACAGCAGUUAUCUUGCCAGUCUGGUUGUGAUAUUGUAGUUUUGGUUGCGUGCGUAGCAUUUGCUGAAUCCAAGUAUUCUAAGAAAUGUAAUCCCUGUUCUUGCCUUUAAUGCUGAAGCCUCUAAUGGUUGGCUGUUUCAUUAUUGCUUUUGGCAACGUUUAUAGUGUCCUUUUCUUUUCACUUAGUUUUAGGAUGUCCGCUGUAUUAUUUGUAUAAACUGAAAACCAAAAUGCCUUAUUGUAAUAACUUCCACCUUGUAACAUACAUUAGCAACUCCAUUAGCUUUAUAACAUGAUUUUGUACAGAUUGCAUCUUCAUUAAUACAAAUUAACUGCCUCUUGAUGUUUUACGCUAAUACUAUUAAACGCAUCUCAUUAUCUCUGUACUGCCAAGGGGCAUAUAAUUUUUAAAGGAUAUGGAAUAAACUAAAGCAUGCGAGUACAUUAUCUAUACCCCAGUCGAAAGCUCAAUUCUCUCUCUGUAUAAACUGCCCUCCGAUUACAUCUGUGACCUCAUCAACAUCUCCUGGCAUAAGCUUUCAACACUUUCUCGGCUAACUACGUGCCAUAUCUCCUGAUUCACACUAACUUAAUAACGACUGAUGCCAUUGAAAAAACAACACUACUCAUUUGUUAAACUUUGCACAUUUCGACACAAAAACCCGGCAUGUGUUGCAUGUUUUUUUUUUUGUCAAAACGUUCGGUUGUUGUUUCUCUCUCUCCGACUACUUUGGCUGGAGUUUCAGCAGUGAGUGCAAAAUGCGCAGGCUAUACUACAUGACGAGACUAUGCUGUGCAUAUUACGUCAGUGGAGAUUUAUAAAAUAAUAAAUCGUGCCCGAUGCAGCUUGGUUCAAGCGUUGGGCCUGCAUCGGAGUUUUGUUUGCCGGUGCCGAUCGUCCGUGGUUAGGAUUCUGCAGCUCGUAUUCGGUCGAUUCCCCGCUUGCCGAUUGAAACGAUGGAUGUUCAUUUUUCAAAUGAACAACGAGAACAAGCCUUGCAUCACCGCAGCCCAGGUGAGCUGUACAUACAUUAGUCAAGUUUCUUACCUGCACCCCCCCGCUCCCCUCUGUAUUAUCUUAUUGUAAGGAGUGGAGGGGCAGGCCUUGGCAGGUGUUCUCGUUACUUGAAUACAAUUGAUCAAGAGAAAUAAACUUGGACAAAUAUUUAAACUGAUUUGCUACAGGGGGUUCACAAACUUACCAGCACUGCCCUAUGAUAUCAAUUGUUGAUGAAUAUUGAUCAUUUACCGAAACAAUACGUGCAUUGAAUCGCGUAUAUAUAUCUAAGAUUCGGUGUAUUUUUUUGGUUCGUAUACUUUGUAUGUAUCGGGUUCAUUUAAGACCACUCCAACCACUUGAGACCCGGUGACCACAACAAUGAUAAAACAAGAUUGGUCCUUCAAUUGAAUCACAACCUGGGAACGCGGCAAUUCAUCGAAACAGAAGGCAGGGAGAAUCAUUAUUCCUCUCCUGUGCUCAGUGCCUUAUCUACAAUAGCAUUGUCAGUGGGAAUGCGGAAAGGCUUAUGUAAAAUACUGUAAUAUAAUCACUACGAAUCUGAUUUAUUCGCUCUCCAAAUUGUGAUCACAAGGCUUCUGUGAAUAUCAAAUGCCGCUUAUGGAUAAAUCUAAGCAGAUCCUCAGUCUAGAUGUUAACAAUAGCUCUUUAUAAGGUCAUGUGAUUGCUGCAUAAAGCUGUCUCUAGGGUUCACAAUACUUUACCUGAAGUAUAAUUUUGCUAAAGAGUAGUUUUAACUUUCAGUAGAAGCUGGAUGUAAAUGCGUUUAUUUCAUCACAGUUCUGAUAUAAGCAACGCAAGCUUACAUUUUUGGUUAAUGUAAGCUUGGUGGGGCGGAGGCAACAGGGCAACUUCUGGUACAAGCACAUGUCAGAUAUAAGCACGGCUGGACUUGCGUCCAAGAUGAUAGGCAAAAGCGCAGCCCUGCAGUUGCUUUCUCACACCACUGCUGCGGAAGGGCCUCCACUAGAGGGAGCUCUAGAGAGCCCACACACUGAGUAUUUGACCUCUCCCACGCCAGCAAGAAGUUUUGGAAGAAGUGUGGAGUACCCACAGUUUACCCCCACGAAAUACAACUCGCCAACCGACGGAACUCCCAAUGGGUGUGCUUUUUUAUCCAGAUUCUGUUUUGACAACAGCUCGGUUCGUACGUGGCCUUUGCGGUGUGUAUUUUACGUUCCAGGAACUCAUUUAGUCUUUACAUGAGAAGGCGAGCGAAUGCGCACACAGGUGCGUCUUGGUUAAGCUAUGUACAAAGUAAUUUGCUUUAUUUUGAUACAAUUGUUGGAUUAAAUAUUGGACAUCUAACUAUCAAACUUGAGAAGCUAAAACAUGUACAAAAAUUAUACCUCUGAAAGAGAAGAAGAAUAUCCUAGAGGACACAAUAGCAAUAUGAAACAAUGACAUAUUUUAUUUUAAUUUUACUUUUAUUAAUUUUAAAUUUUUACCUACUUGACUUUACCGAAAAAACCUAAGAACAUAACAAUGAGUCAUCCAUCGAGGUGUCUACGAUUUUGUUUUCUCUUAUGGCUGUUUAAGCUUUUUUUGUAACAAAAACAAAGUUAAUUGUUUUCGGUAUGUCCAUAUGAGCAUUAAACAUGUUUUGUUCUUCCAGUAUUUUGUGUAAACAUUGAAUGAAAUAUGACUGUACAUUAUUGUAUUUCCAAAGCGCUGGCUUUCAUAACCUACAGCUUUAUCUCGAAAGUUUUAGUCAGUCCGGCUUUGGAAUUUAUGUUAAAUAGCAUAUUCAAAUUUCUACGCACUAAUCCUGUAUAACAUGUAUAACUUAUUUCGUAUUAAUGCAGUGUACGCGUGUUUAUAACUCAUUUCUAUUCAUUAUUUUGGAAUUCAUGUAUGUUGAACUUCUUUCACACCGUACGUAGCCAACCAGGCUAAUCAGAGGUGCGGGGGAAGGACAACAGACUAAACACAAAAAGCAGUUCUAAAGAAAUGAGUUCUCAAUCGAGAUUUAAAAGUGCAUAGCUCCAGUGGCUUCAUAACAGAAAAUUGGCGAAUUCCAGCCAAUGAACGUUUAUAUAAUCACCAACCCAUGUUAAGUGGUCAAUGCCUCUCGCCCCAAUUUACUUGUGAAUGCCUAGUUAGCCUGUGUAGACAUCUAAAACCCUGCAUGUGUCCCAAUCACUUUUUAAGUGUUAUUAUUUUACAGAAAUGUACAGCAUGCGUAAUUUCAAUGAGUUACAAAUUCUCCCUCGGUCACAUUAAAAGUGUUUUUUGUUCACCAUUGAAUUCCUACAACUUAUAUAAUUCCUACAACUUAUUUUUAUCGGUACAAAAGGAUGUUGUUGAAUUAUAGAAUGUGUAAUACAAUGCCCGACCAUUUAGUUUUUCACACGACAAGCAUACGUUUAUGUUCAAAAUGUGGUAGGUGCAUGAAGAUUCUUGGUUCUUUCGGUAAAGUCACGUAGAUAGAAAAUAAGAAUUGAAAAUGUAUUACCGAAAGAACCAAGAAUAUUAAUUCCUGCAGUCAUGAAAGUUUUAAGUCAAAAUUUAGGUCUAUGCAGCUUGGAUAUUAAAAAAAUGAAACUCUCAGUUGGGUGUUGCUCUCGAAAAUCUAAUUGACGGAUGGUUGGACUUUGGGUGCCAGAGUAAAUCAGCGUACAUUCUUUAGUUACAAAGAUGUAGAUCGGUGAACACGUUUUAAGAUUUAAGACUGCUUCUAGGUUACCAAAUUGAUGCAUUUUUUCGUUCAUACUCCGCGCUGUGCUUCGUAUUUUAGGCUUGGUCUAUGAUAAGACCUCGGUUUUUUUUUUAGAAUGCACGCCUCUUUUGAAGUCAUUUUGCGGCUUGUGAUAUGGAAAUGAGAUUACGGUUCAUUCCACAAGGCUGGCCAGAGCAGACGGGCAUGAAAACACAUCAUAGUCAGCUGGAAAGAUGUGCGUUCAGAAGUCUCCGUCAUGAAAGUCAAUAGAGUUUCGUUGUCAGGACUGGCAGAAUGUGGUGCACGGUGCUUGGUUCAGAACAGAGUUUAUACAUUAUACAUGUGUUCUUCCAUCGAGUGAGCGACAUGCUUGCCUGAGGCUGAGGUCGGCUAGAAAAAAAGCCUGCCGUGAACACUUUACCAUUUCAAGUUAAAACAUUUUUUUUUAUUUCUCCACAUGUUGAAUGUUGGUUGCAUGUUAAUUUCGCCGAUUGGUGAUUACGGCCAUGACAUCUCCGGAAUGCACCCCCCUUCAUCUUUUCGCACAUGUACCGUCUGAUGAGGUUACAAAUGGAACCGUCAGCGUUGGCAUGUCCGCUUUUUUUUUGCAGAGCAGCUGGCUGCAGCGUGCUCAUGCAAAUCGGUUUCUUGGCAGCGGAGAGCAAUAGCGUCAUGCAUUUUUAAAAAGUAAUUAUUGUAAUGCAAUUACGUUUCUUUUACAUGUGCAUGCAUUUUUAUUUGUUGCUGUGACAAUGGCCAAAUGAUGUUAAAUUGAGAAGGGGAAAUAAGGGAAAGCAUUUUCAGCAAUUUUUUGCUGCCUCUGUGCAGUCACGCGAUCAGUGAUUUGCAGCAGUCGGCCAUCCGCUGCUUUCAUUAUGACCUGAACGGUGCUGUAGAUAUGACCUUUUUAUGAAUAAAUCUUGUUUAAAACCCGAGGAUCACGUGGAAUUGAGCCCGUGUAACCCGUGCAGGGGUUGCGCUGUAGAAACAGAGAUCAAGUCCACUUACACCCACACACAUUGGUCCAUUGGAAGGUUUUUAAAUGUUAAUCGUGUGCCACGUUAAACGAAUGCGCCUAUUGCUGCUGACGUGCCUUGAACACUAUAGCGCUGCCCAAUGCAUGUGCACUCACGAGAAAUGAUUUCGGGUCUUGACAAAUCGAAACAGAAGAGCUAAAACUGGGAUACUGCUACGAGAAGGUCGUGGUUUCGAUCCUGACCCUGACGUCUGGAUAUUUGGAGUUUGCAUGUUCUCUCCGUGGUCGCGUGGAUUCUUCUCCAGGUAUUUGGCUGCUAUAAAUGUCCACGUGAUAAGCCACUUUGUUUGAGCUGUCAUUUGUGGCCAGGCCGCUUCUGAAAAUGAGCUCUAUAGAUAUCUCAGUGGGCCUUCCCUGGUAAAGUAAAAAAAAUAGUUUCAGAACCCAAACCCAGGCGAGUAGUGGUUUGUAGAUCGAGUGGGCAGGGAGACACUUGACCCAGGUUACCGCUAUCCGUCAAUCGCUCGUGAUUGGGGUUGCUGCGACCCAGUAAACACGGAACGUUGGUUCAAAGCUUCAAUCCGCAAGCCAACGUUGACGCAACCUCGCACGCUUGCUGGGGACGUGGCGAUACUGCUACGACGCAAUCGUCCACAUUGCACAAAUGUUUCUCUAUCAUGACUGCCGUGGCUUCUGAACACAAUAUAUUCCGAUUUUAUUUCCCGACUAAAGAUUACGAAAUAACGAGAACACAUUAACAUCCUCAGUAAAUAGCUGUUACCGAUGAGUGGUUUGUAAUGUGUUUUCCAGAGUAAUUGAUGUUCUGGUGGCUAUAUGACCACAUUCAUGGAGCUCGUUUAAUGAUUUCACAAUGCCUCGAAUUACUGACAACAUGUGCAUUAUCAGCAUUAUAGGUUGUAAAGUUGCAAUCAUUAAAAUAUUCAUGGUG